AUGGACGUCUGGUUUAACAUCGGUAUCAGGAUUGUCAUCUUGCUUAUUUUGCCAAAUUCAUAUUUGACACAAGAAAACAUAUGUCCAACCUCAGCUGGAGAAAAAGUUGUGCAUGUGUGUGAGAGCAGCUUUGCCUCUGGAACAUCCAUCUAUCUGGACACUAUUAAGGCCGUCGACUAUCAAGGCAGUUGUACAUGUACACUCAGGGCGCAGGGUGGCGCUGUUGACUUCCAGUUAUCAGUGCAAGGGGUGCAUACAGACUGUGAUGCUACCCUAUAUGUCCCCCCACCCAUUGAUCACACCUACAACUGUGUAGACAAAACACCUUCAACAACUACAGGACGGAUCGGGUCAGGACAGAUACUCUUUAUAUCUCUCACCAAGAAUUCUGACGUGGCUGAUUUCUGUGUUCAUUUAGUGCAGACAUCAACAGGAUCCCUUAAUGUGGCCUGCUCCACUGGCACAUUCGAAACAACCACUUCCCCUACAACAACGUCCUCGACAAGCAACGGAAAUAGUAACGUAGUCACCACUUCGGAUACGUCUGUUACUGUGAGCGAAGGCCCAUCAACCACAAGUCCAGAAAAUAUAGUCAAUGAAAGCACAGGUUCAUCAACUGCAAGUCCAGAUAAUACAGUGACUGAAAGCAAAGAUGCAUCUAGUGAAAGUCCAGACAAUACUGUGACUGAGAGCAAAGACCAGUCCCCUGCAAGUCCAGAUGAUACCGCGACUGAAAGCAAAGAUGCAUCUAGUGAAAGUCCAGACAAUUCUGUGACUGAGAGCAAAGACCAGUCCCCUGCAAGUCCAGAUGAUACAGCGACUGAAAGCAAAGAUGCAUCUAGUGAAAGUCCAGACAAUACUGUGACUGAGAGCAAAGUUUCCUCAGGCGAAAACCAAAACAUAACAUCGUCUGGUCGCACAGGUGCUAAUAAUGCGGACACUCCUCAGUCCGUUAUUGUAGUGAGCUUUGUCGUUGUUGGAGUCUUUGCAGCAGCCGUGGUCGUGAUCAUAUUGUUUGGACUUUUUACUUACUGCAGGGCACUCAUCAACAAAACAGCAGUCUACUCAGCAGAUGUUGUCCAGAAAUAUCCACCAACAAAAUGUCUCAGGUCAUCAGACGAGUGUAUGGUCAGGACGGUUGUGACAUUGGCUAAAACAUUCGGCAGUCGGUCCUUUCAGGCUGCUGGACCAAUCGAGUGGACUUCCUCUUGA